AUGCCUCCGAAGUCCGGUAAGAAGGUCGCCCCGGCCCCCUUCCCUCAGGGGAAGGCUGGUGCCAAGAAGGCUCCCAAGAACCCGCUCCUUGAGAAGCGGCCCCGCAACUUCGGCAUUGGCCAAGAUAUCCAGCCCAAGCGCAACCUGUCGCGCAUGGUUAAGUGGCCGGAGUAUAUCCGCCUCCAGCGCCAGAAGAAAAUUUUGCGCAUGCGUCUGAAGGUUCCUCCUGCGAUUGCCCAGUUCCAGUAUACUCUGGACAAGAAUCUGGCUGCUCAGGCUUUCAAGCUCCUCAAUAAGUACCGCCCUGAGACCAAGCAGGAGAAGAAGGAGCGUCUCCUGCGCGAGGCCACGGCCAUCAAGGAGGGCAAGAAGAAGGAGGACGUCAGCAAGAAGCCGUACACUGUCAAGUACGGUCUGAACCACGUCGUCGGCCUGAUUGAGAACAAGAAGGCCUCCCUCGUCCUCAUCGCCAACGAUGUCGACCCCAUUGAGCUGGUUGUCUUCCUGCCGGCUCUCUGCCGCAAGAUGGGCAUUCCUUACGCCAUCAUCAAGGGCAAGGCCCGCCUCGGCACUCUGGUCCACAAAAAGACUGCUGCCGUUGUUGCCAUCACUGAGGUCCGCUCUGAGGACAAGAACGAGCUUGCCAAGCUCAUCUCGGCUGUCAAGGAAGGCUACCUCGAGAAGGUCGAGGAUACCCGCAAGCGCUGGGGUGGUGGUAUCAUGGGCUUCAAGGCCCAGAAGCGCGAGGAGAAGCGUAAGAAGUCUCUUGAGACCGCCAUCAAGGUCUAA